CAUAGGAAUCCCACCAGACCUCUAUAGUCACUCACUGUCCACGGACACAAGACCACUAGCAGUCCCUCACAAUGGCUCUCACCCAACAGCCCCCGACCACCAUCCCCCUCGACAUCUUCCCGGACGGCCUCAAAACCACCGGCCAACACCCCCCGCUCUACGAACACAUCCACCCCUUCGACCGCUUCCCCCAGGAAAUCACCGGCCCGACCGUCUGGAAGCCCGAGGACUACCGCGAGCACCCGGAGAAAUGGACCCAUCGAUUUACUGCGGAAGAGGUCGAGGAGCUCUCGACGGCGGCGGAUGCCUUCCUGGCGAAUAAGAUCCCGUUGACGGGAAUCAGCAAGACCAACUUCCCCCUCCCCACCCUAAGCACCCGGCUACACACCCUCCGCGAAGACCUGCUCAACGGCAAAGGCUUCAUCCUCUUCAAAGGCCUCCCCGUGCACGCCUGGGGCAACCACAAAUCGGCGGUCGCGUACAUGGGCCUAGGCACGUACCUGGGGUAUUUUGUCUCGCAGAACAGCCGCGGCCACGUCCUGGGGCAUGUCAAGGACCUCGGCGAGGAUCCCACGCAGAUCGACUCGGUGCGCAUCUAUCGCACGAAUGCGCGACAAUUCUUCCACGCCGACGACUCGGACAUCGUGGGGCUGCUGUGCAUCCACCGCGCGCGCGAGGGCGGCGAAUCCGACCUCGUCUCCUCGCACCACGUGUACAACACGCUGGCCACGGAGCGGCCGGACGUGCUGAAGACGCUGACGGAGCCGAUCUGGUACUUCGACCGGAAGGGCGAGACCAGCAAGGGCGAGGAGGAGUGGAUCCGCACCAGUGUGGUGUAUCUGGAGCGGGAGGGUGGUGCUGGUGCUGGUGCUGCCGAGCCGAGGGUGUAUACCAAAUGGGACCCGUACUACGUCCGCUCGCUGACGCGCUUCUCGUCCACGGGGCUGAUCCCCCCGCUCAGCGCGGCCCAGACCGAGGCCCUCGAGGUGCUGGAGGCCACCUGCAACCGGCUGGCGUUGCACAUGAUCCUCGAGGUGGGCGACAUCCAGUUCCUGGCGAAUUCGCACGUGCUGCAUGCGCGCACGGCGUACGUGGACCACGCGCCGCCCACGCCGCGGCGGCAUCUGAUGCGGUUGUGGUUGGCGACGCCGGAGAGUGAGGGCGGGUGGCGGUUGCCGUUCUGGGAUAGCAAUGAGAAGAAGCGCGGGGGCAUUCAGGUCGAUGAUCAGCCGCCCGUGGCGCCUUUGGAUGCGGAGUAGAUUCGUUCGUGGUUGAUUUGGUUGUAAGAUUUAGCCCUGGUUUCUCUGUUUGUUGGGAAUGAAAUACCAUUUGUUUUUGUUUGUCUAAGGUAAUAUGGAUAUGGGAUU